GCCUGACACAGUUCCUCUCUGCUGCUCUUUUUCCUUUCUAUUUUUUCCCCCCCUCAAUGGUUUUGUUUGCUUGCCUGUUGGUUACUGCUGUGUGUUGUUUGCAUGGGAGAUCUGGACACCGAGAGGAUGCGCUUUUUGAAGGAACAAACACUAAAAGUUGUAUCCUCGGCUGGUACGGGUUUGUUUUAGUGGAUACAUAGAUGUUUUUCGGGUAGUAUUGAACAAUGUUGCAGCUCCUUGGUGCUCUGACCGGGAGCAUGCUCUGGUUUCGGCUACUGUUGCUGUGCGUCGUGGAGUUGGAGCUGGAAGCAGGGCUUUCUACUUUCCAGGGUUUCUAUCUUCCACCUGCGAGCGGGUCGCUUCUGACACCUGCCCGGAGGACAGACGGGGUUGUGCGGACUAUUGACCGGAUUUACCACGGAGGAGGGAAGGUUGGCUACCUGGUGUACCUGGAUGGGAGCCGGUUUCAGCUAGACAUGGAACGAGAUGAGUCGGUGCUGUCGCAUCACUUCAGCCCCCAUUAUGCGCUCGCUAUGAUGGGACAGAGCCCUGCGCCUCUGCAGCGGGAGUGCGUGUACCGCGGGACAGUGAACACCAACCCGGAGUCCCUGGCCGUCUUCAACCUCUGCGGAGGAGGUCUCGAGGGCUUCUUCGCAGUGAAGGACGCGCGGUACAUCAUCACUCCUAUCAUCAGGGCAAAGGGACACGAGCACGAUGUGCGCGCCCUGCAGGACAAGGAUGCGGAGAGCGCGCUCCACGUGUUCACGCGCGAAAGUUUCAGCUUCGAAGAAAUGAGCGAUGGCCGCGAGAGCUGCGGGACGCGCGACAGGCGCAGAGGACGCAAACAUCGGAGCAGAGGUCGCGGGAAGGGUAUACGCAACCGUGGGGGGCUCAAAUCGGAAAGCAAAGAUGACCACGGCGGGCACGGGCAGAGAUGCUUGAGCCGGCUCGCCACAGCACCCUCUCCAGAGCCUGGUGUACGGCGCAAGAGAUCGGUCUCUCGCGCCAGGUAUGUGGAGCUGCUCCUGGUGGCGGACGACACCAUGACUAAGAAAUAUGGCAAAGACUUGAACCACUACUUGCUCACGCUGGCCUCCAUCGCCUCUAAACUGUAUGGGCAUGCCAGCAUCGAGAACCCCAUCCGGCUGUCGGUGGUCAAAGUGACCACGGUCACUGAGAAGGAGAAGGGGCUGGAGGUGUCCAAGAACGCGGCGGCAACGCUGAAGAGCUUCUGCAAAUGGCAGAAUCAGCAGAACCCGCUGGACGAUGACCACCAGCACCACCACGAUGCCGCCAUCCUCUUCACCAGGCAGGACCUCUGUGGCCAUCACUCCUGCGACACCCUGGGCAUGGCGGACGUCGGCACCAUCUGCUCUCCGGAGAGGAGCUGUGCUGUCAUCGAGGACGAUGGGCUUCACGCCGCGUUUACUGUCGCCCAUGAGAUAGGUCACCUACUCGGUUUGUCCCCCGACGACUCCAAGUUCUGCGAGGAACGCUUUGGAGUUAACAGCGACAAGCGACUCAUGUCCUCAAUUCUUACCUCCAUCGAUGCCUCCAAACCCUGGAGCCGGUGCACCUCGGCAACCAUCACCGACUUCUUCGACGACGGCAACGCCGAAUGUCUCCUGGACUCACCUCAUCAGCCCCUUCUCGGUCCCGAGGAGCUCCCGGGGCAGAGCUACGACGCCGUACGCCAGUGUCGCCUGGCCUUCGGCCCCGAGUACACGGUGUGCCCGGGCAUGGAUGUGUGUUCUCGGCUGUGGUGCGCAGUGAUUCGCCAGGGACAGAUGGUGUGUCUGACAAAGAAGCUGCCAGCGGUGGAGGGAACGCCCUGCGGGAAGGGUCGCAUCUGCCUGCAGGGAAAGUGCGUGGACAAGACCCGCAAGAAGCACUACUCGGCAUCCAAUCAUGGUAAUUGGAGUUCUUGGGGUCCUUGGGGUCCAUGCUCCAGAACUUGUGGAGGUGGGGUUCAGUUUGCCCAGCGCCUCUGCAACAACCCGCCACCACGCAACAACGGUCGCUACUGCACGGGGAAGAGGGCCAUUUAUCGGUCUUGCAAUGUCACACCGUGCCCGGCAUCAGACAAGAGUUUCCGCCAGGAGCAGUGUGAGGUGCGCAACGGUCCCCAGACAGAUCCUAAAGGGGUGAAGACCUUUGUUGAGUGGGUGCCUAAGUAUGCAGGAGUUCUGCCUAAAGAUGUGUGCAAGUUAACUUGCAGAGCAAAAGGAACUGGCUACUAUGUGGUGUUCUCUCAAAGGGUGGUAGACGGGACGGAGUGUCGUCCAUACAGCAGCUCGGUGUGCGUGAAAGGGAAAUGUAUACGGACGGGGUGCGAUGGCAUCAUUGGCUCCAAGCUUCAGUUUGACAAAUGUGGUAUAUGUGGAGGUGAUGGCACAGGAUGCAUACGCGUGGUGGGAAACUUCACGAAGAAGAGUAAGGGCUACACUGACGUAGUGAAGAUCCCUGCAGGCUCUUCUCAUAUCAAGGUUCGUCAGCACAAGGCCAAGGACCAAACCCGGUACACCGCCUACCUGGCUCUCCAACGGCCCAAUGGUGAAUACCUCCUAAAUGGCAAGUUCAUGAUCUCCACCUCCGAGACAAUCAUCCCACUCAACGGUUCUGUGCUCAACUACAGCGGUUGGAGCCAGAGAGACGAGUGGCUUCACAGCAUGGGCCCCGGGGCUCUUCAAGAAGCCUUGGUGGUUCAGAUUCUCGCUACAGAUGCCAAAAAGCCCCUGGAUGUCCGUUAUAGCUUUUUCAUGCCCCGCCGGACAAAUCCUCAGCCACGGGCACUUCCUCUCGUCCCCAAUCCAAAGUCAGCUACAACACUGUUAACUACGACAAGAACCACCACCACCACCACCACCACCACCCCCACUACCACUACCACUAGUAGUACCACUUUGUCUUCCUCCAUUCCUCCUCUUCUUGUCCCGGAGCCACCCACAGCUCCAGGUUUCUCAACCCCAACCCCAGGGCCGCAGUGGGUAAUGGGGCCAUGGAUGGCCUGCACUAGAACUUGUGACACUGGCUGGCAGAGCCGGACAGUGCAGUGUAAGGACCAGGAUGGGAAACUGUCUAAAGGAUGUGUGCUGGGUGCCCGCCCCUCAGCCUUCAGACACUGUCUGGUGAAGAAAUGCUGAGGCGGCAAGAGAAAAGUGUAAUUUGAUAAAAGUCUCAAGUGCUGGAUGUAGAACUAUGAACCAAUGAAUUAAAGAUGUUGAACCUUGAACAGGACAGUGAAUGUUGUCAGAUAGUGCCCAGACCAGACACAAAGACAUUCAGAGGCAGAUUGGCAUGGAUGCACCUGACUAUAUGGAAGAGGAACUACCUGGAAAACAAUAGCUAUGCAGAACAGAGGGCAAUUUUGAUAUAACAGUGAUGACUAUUGCCCUGCCGUGGCUAAGUUGCACGUCACAUGGACAAUAACUAAUUGUCUUUACUUCAGUCUCCAAAUUCUGGAGGCCUAGUGUGUGUUGCCCUGUAAUGGCAUGCGUUUUGUGUCUUCUUAUGAUUCCAUGUGUUCUGUUCACUGUGGGAAUUUGGAAAUUGUCUUUUGUCUUGAGUGUCCGAGACAAGAGCCCCAACCAUGGUAAGCCUUUGUUACUCAUCUCAUACUUAAUCAGUCCCACAACUUUCACACUGCAUGUCAUGAUCCUAGAUCGCUAUCUCCUGUACCUUUUGAUAUUUUAGUGGCUCACAACUGAAUAGUGACAAAAGGCAGCUCUGACCAACAAAAGGUGUCUUCCAUUAAGCAGCCUUCCAUUCUGUUAAAUAGUGGUCCAUAUUCUUCCAAUCAAUGUUUUUCCUUAUAGAAAUGUGAGUGAAAUAUCCACAUUACAGGAGAUGCAGACAGAUCACAGCUACCCAUAUGUCUCAACUUCAAGCAUUUGCGUCUUUCUUUGACUGAUCCAGUCGAUGACUAAAAUCAGAUUUAGAGACUUAACAUGAACUAUUUCCCAUUGUGAUGAGUAAAUGAAAAUUCAAAUGAAAACAGAUAGCUUAUGAAUACAGUUUCCAGCUGAGGGUGCAUGAGGAGAUUGACUCGACCAAGAACGAACAUGAAAACCCAGACAUGGAUGACAUAUUGCAUUAAAGCUCUGGAAUUAAUCAAAUGUACCAAGGUCAAGACUGCCUCCCCCUCAGAAUAAGCUCAGGAAGAAAGUUUACCCUGAAGACACCAGUACUGAUUCUACUGACUUCGAUAACCACCCGUUCGGUGUAACAGCAGCACAGUAUCUUGAAAAAGAAGUCGACUAAGGGGCAAAGUGACCAUGACACUCCUUAAUAUUUAUGGAGAGUAAUAAUGACUCACAGGUCUGAGGCAGUGCUUGGUUUUAAUGCCUGUGUAGUAUGUGUGUGCAUGUUAUGUGCCACUACUCAGGCCUGUGUUUUAAGCACAUUCAGUAUAUACCGUGAACAUGUUUUACUACAUCUUGAAGCUUCUUCUCAGCUCCAUUUAUGUCAGUCAUUAUGCUGGUGCUGAAGAUUUUUAUUUUUUUUUGUGUUAGUACCUGUUUAUCUGUUUAGGAAAUGAUGCUAAUAUGACAUUGUGUGCCCUGGAUACUCGCAACGACAGCAAGAGAAAUAGUAAUGCAGUCAUUAUUGUCCUUUUGCAAUUCAGCUCCUUUUUUUUCAUCACGCUUUACUCUUUUACUCAUUUUAUAUUGUGUGCAAUUCCUUUUUCAGCACUGAUGGGUGAAGUUGGCCAUUUUACAAAAAAAUUAUGAUGAUGUCACAAAACAUUCUGUUGGAACAGGGAUGAAAUUGUUCAAUCCUAUGGGUGGUUUUUAAAGUGUAAUAUCUGACAUUUAGUGGACUUUUACUCUUCAAACAGACCUCGAGACCAGUUGGCAACCAUCUGGCAACCACUGGUUGCAAGGGAAGAACAUAUAUUGUGUAUGUACCAGUUGGUGAGUGGUUGCUGGAGGUUGCUAACAGACACUGUAAAAUCGAUUGCUAAAGCCCUAGACACUCAGGUCUAGAGAGUGGUCUGCAACCAUCUGGCAACUGCCAGUUGCUGACUUGUCUGCAAACACUUGCAAACGACCCACCAGAAGUGAAACUGAGUAACGCAAACCAGAAACAGACUGCUCACCUUGAAACAGUUGUGCCUUUUGAAAUGUGUUUGCUGCAGUGGUAAGGCACAACUUUUACUGUUGAGACAAAUAUUUCCCAUUUUUGGUUUGCAUCACUUUUUAAAGUUUCGCUACAGCUCAGAGAGUAUAGAGCGAGUGUUUGCAGACAAGUCUGUGAAAACUGCGGGCGACUGCACCAGCAACCUCCAGCAUCCACUCACCAACACAUUUACACAUUUUUCCUUUGCAACUGGUGGUUGCCGGGCAUUUGCGACCAGUUUAUAGGCCUACGUGACUGAGGCCUUAGCUUAUCUGGUGUUUCCACCCAAUAAAUAAAUGCAAUUCCAUUUGAUUACAGAAUUUAUUUUUUUUAAUUCAGCAAACAGUAGCAUUUCAUACAGUCUUCUGGUUUAGCUGUCAUUAAUGUUAUUGGAACUACUGUCUUUCUACUGUAGCCAUAGUUCCAAUGUUAGCCAGUGAACACUCACUCUAGAAAGAGAUGUUGUUAUUGAAUUAUGACAAGAAGACAAAGACUAAACAUUUGACUUUUGUGGAAUUAUACGUGGGUGUCUUGCCGACAGUUAAAUGAGAAGACUGUUGCCACUCAAUCUUUACCUUAACUGUCAUGUUAAAGUGAACGUAUGGUUUGAAAAUAAAACUAGUUUGGCUAGCUUUAAGCUAAUCUUAGAUUAAAAAUACACUCAAAAAAGACUAAAAGUAUAGCCGUGAGCACCCCUUAAGUUCAUAAAUGAGUCAAUAUAGCUUCCUUGUUUUUAUUUCACAAAAACUGAAGUGUAAAAAUUUGACGCACAUUUGCCAGUGUUUCCUGAGCUAAGCUAGCAUGCUGCUCCAAGGUGUAAAUCAAUCUUCUCAACUAAAGUUUAGAAGCUUGCAAAUAAGUGUAUUUCUCCAAAUGUUAAAUGAUUCAUUUAGGCGACAACAUGGUAGUUAUUACUUUAUCUACUGUAAGCUUUUGUUUAAUUUAAGUAGACUGCCUCUUUAAAAUCCCCCACAGAGGCUUUUAUCUGUUUUUUUUUUUUUUUUGGAGACAAAAUAUAAAAACAGUUAAUAUUUACCUCACUUCUUGCAGAUAAUAUUUUAUCCCGAGCAUUACAAAGUAAAGUUAAUUGCACACCUAAUGGAAUAUAGCUUCCUGUAAUUGUGUAAAAGUGUCUGGCACCCAUUACAUUUUCCUGCGUGGCCAACCUCACCCAUCUGGCAUCCAUGCAGGAGAAAACAAAGCACAAGAAGCAACUGCUGACGCGACGUGGCCUGGGUCACUCUUAGAAUGUUUUCUCUUCGCCCCUCGCACAUUCACAUUUAUUUACACAAUGUAGACAAUGUUUGUACAAUGCAUAGAUCAUUCAUAUAUGUGUUAGUAUUCAACCAUGUUGUAACAGUAAUGUACUCGUGCAGACACGCUGAAACAAUCCACACAAUCCAACAAUUGCACAGAGUAUUUCAGACACACACUUCAGAGACACACACACACACUCCACACACAACCUGACUCUGACUCUUCCAGUGGGGAAAACCCCUCUCGCUGAAUGACAGAAACACAGCACUGAACUUGUAAUUUAUUGUUUGUAUAACUGGUAUGUGUGAAUAAAAAAAGCAAUGAGAUGAGUUUUAUUUAUUAUAGUAAUUUUGUAUCAAAUUACUAUUUAACUUAGGAAUAUGAUUGUGCUGAAUCAUUCCUUUGUAAGAAUAUAGUGUUUUCUU